AUGAACGUCACUCUAACCAGCUUAGAAGCUUUAAUUUUAAAAGCAACAUUCGAAUCUUUGAUACAACCUGAUGCUGCGGCUGUGGAAGCAUUUUGUGCUGUAAUGCGAGAUUCUAGUGAAGGUCCACAGCUAGCGGCUCAGGCACUGGCGGCCCGUAUUCACUCCCCUAAUGCCCGAGAAGCUCUAUUGGCACUUACAAUGUUAGACCGCUGUAUGCGUCGAAGUGAUGCUGUAUUUCACGCUGAAGUUGGAAAAUUUCGAUUUUUAAACGAGAUGAUUAAAUUGGUUUCUCCUAAAUAUUUUGCCGACAGAACUUCACCAGAAGUCAGAACUAGGAUUCUGCAAUUACUACACGCAUGGUCAAUAGAAUACCCUAAAGAAACAAAAUUUAAAGUUGCUUUUGAAAUGCUUAAAAACCAAGGUGUGAUAAAGGAGACACCACCUCCUUUACCUCCAGAGGAUAAUGGUACUGCCUCUCGUCCCAGAGCUAAAAGUGCAAUAUUUGAGGAUGAAGAAAAAUCAAAACUGUUACAAAAACUUCUUCAAAGUAAAAAACCAGAAGAUUUGCAACAUGCAAAUAGGUUGAUUAAAACAAUGGUCCGAGAAGAAGAAAGACGUACAGAAGCAAAUAGUCGACGUGCACAAGAAGUAAGUGCUGCUCUUGACAGUGCUGGCCUGUUAAGAGAUAUGUUAGAACAUGCUGAAGAUGCAUCUGCAGAUGAGGAACAGCUCAUCCAUGAAUUACAUGCAAGCUGUGCAAGGCUUCGCCCUGUACUGCAACGCUUAGCCUCUGCUGAUACACAAAAUGAGAAUCUAAGUGACAUAAUACAUGCUAAUGAUGUUUUGGAUGAAGUUUUUGCAAAAUAUAAUAAAUUUGUUAGUGAAAGGAAACUUAGAGGCAAGGAACCUAAAAGAGAAUCACAGGCAAAUAAUGACAGUCUGUUAGAUUUUGCAGGAGCCAAUGCCAGGCCUAAAGGAGACAAGCCAAAGAUUGAAUCUAAUGCUGUAAUUGAUGAGUUAGGAGACAUAUUCUCUCAUAACAGUUGUACUAAUAACAUAGUGGAACCUUUGAAACCUGUUAAUUUAAUGUCUACAGAUGAUACUGAAUUACUAGGAGAGAAAAAUAAAGUGGAAGGUUGGCAUGAACUAGAUUCUCUCGGUGAGCAAUUACUUAAACAGUCAUUGCCAGAAAAUGCAAAACGAUUAGAAAAUUUUAAUAAUAAACAUUCAAAGAAAAUACCAAUGAAUGCACUUGAAAAGUUUUCAUCAAAACAAGAGAUUACCACAACAAAUAACAAUGCUCUAUUAGAUCUCGAUUUCUUUACAAAAAAAACUACAGAACCAGUUAUAGUAUCUCCAAUGGCACAUUCCUCAAAAUCAAUUACUCCAAAUGAUGAUGUCAUGGUCGACAUAAGCUCUGAUGAUAGGACUACUAAAAAUAUUAUCAAUAAUCAUUUAAAUCCACAACCUGAUAGUCCUCAGGACAAUAUUUUAGACUUAGGGCUACCAUUAGAAGAUGAUGAAUUAAAAAAGGAGAAAGCAAUGGAAUAUAAAGAUAAUAUGACUUUUGAACAGAAAGAUAGGGUCAAGACUAGUGAAGUGAAACCUUUAACAGAUAUAAAUUUAACAUUACAAAGUGUGCAUCCAAGUAAAAUACCCCCAUUAAAAGCAUUUGAGGAAGAAGAUGGGCUAUCAGUGGUGCUGCAUUUCUGUAAGGAUAAGCCCAGGCCUGAUGUCAGUGUUAUUGUUGUCUCAACGACAAGCAAAAGCAGUUCCCGUAUCGAAGACUAUAAGUUCCAGGCUGUUGUUCCUAAGGGCUGCAAAGUGAGACUACUAGCAGCAUCUGGCUCCUCACUUCCAGCCUACAACCCGUUCUUACCCCCACCUGCACUGGCACAGCUCAUGCUGGUGGCGGCGCCCCCCGGCCUGCGCCCCGCCCUGCGCUUCGUGCUCACCUAUUCCGUAGAUGACGACACGUGCUCAGAGAUGGGGAAUGUUUCAGAGCUUCCCCUGCCUGACCUA